AUGUUCGGGUGCGCGUUCGCGGUAAUUUCCAAGUGGAUCCGGGAUAGUGGCAGUGAUGGGGCGGAUACCGGCCUGCUUGUCGGACCGUUUGCGGACGCCACCAAGAGACGCGCGCUCUGCUUCUACUUGGUGAACCUCCUCAAAACAAAACUUACCAGACCGAUAACCAUCCGGCUCGACUCGCCAGUGGUGGCACUCACAGACGGCUUGGACUUUUCCUACACCUUGGAGAGCUCCUCGCGCUUCGAUGCCUGGCACCGCUUGGAGUUUCUCCUCCUGUUGGUGUUUGUGGUGGCUAUCAACGCGUUGGUCCUCAAAGUCAAGGUCAAUAAAGAAUCAUCGGGCUAUAUGGGGGGCUCCCUCACCAAAGACAACACCCUUGAGAUGACAGACUCCCCUGGAGACGAACCCUUCUCGGAAAAGCGCUUAGUGGGCGGUCACUACUUGGACAUUCUCAAAAUCAGCACGUCUUCUGGCUCACCGUUCGUUGUCACCAUUGGAUUGGAUCACAAGGUGAUGGUGUGGUCGCCGAUAGCUGACCCCAUCCCCUCACCUUUCCCGCUCCCGAUCCAGAGCCAGGUCUGGCCGGUGGUACAUGUCGUUCUUGGCAACCAAGGGAACACUAUUGCCCUAUUCAGCAAGAGUGGGUUGGUGUCCUGCUACUCGCGCCUGGCCCAGCGGUUUAUUUGGCAGGUGGUUUUGGAGGGCUUGAAAGGAUCAGUUCCUCUCGAGAGUUUCUUUCGUCGCAAAACCAUCCCGGCGUUUUUGCAGCGCAAGAUGUUGCUUGAAAAGCAGAAAAAACUGCAAUUGGAGCUGGAAGAGCGCGAAAGGUCCCAGUUGCAUCGCACCACCAGCGACCAGUCUUUCCUGGGGGCGUCGAUUCGGGCUGAGAGGCUGGAGGAAGGCAAAGACCUCGAGCUCAUGGAGCUCACCGUUAUGGCCAAGAACGGGGCAAUGUACACCAUCUCCUGCGAUGACGGAAAGGUCUCCGAGGAGAACAUCACCAGCUCCAAGGCCUUGGUGUCAGCGAGACGCUUGACGUCUGCCAGGGUCUCCGACCGGUUGAUCUGCCAGGUGUCCAACGGGAUAAUCAUGGUGGCGACAUCGGUGAACAACAAGUGGAAGUUCCGAAAGUUGUUGGUACAAGAAGAGAAGUACAACAAAGGACAGAGUCUUUUGACCCCCGCGGCCAUGUCACGCCACUCCUCGGUCGGCUCCAAGUACCGUCCGUUCCACGUUACCGGUUCGCAAACCUCCUUGAGCACGCUUACCCCGGUGGAGCCUCCGCUGCAUAACUUGACCACCUCCACGAUCGCCAUCGUGUCGUUUGUGGGGAUGAUUGUACGUACGCGUGACUUGGUGGCUGAGUUGAUCGACGUGCAAACGGGAACAUUGGUCCGCAAGUUCAACAUUGGCCAGUUUGUCAAGAACUCCUUUAGAGUAUUCCACUCCGAGCCCCAGCAUUGCCGUUUCUGUGGUUGUGCCUCUGUGCGGUCGUUCUCCUUGGUGUACACCGAAUUGGAUACCAACACGGUCAUUAUGCACACCUUUUCCAUCGAAAACAGAGCCAAGAACAACAUCUGUUGGAGAGUGGAGAGGGACCCCAGAGAGACCAGAUGUCUUGGUUUUGACUCCGUAACCGAGCAGCAGCAUUGGUUGGAGGGUAGCGAGUGCUGGAAUUUGACCGACAUGAACAUGAUCGUGGGAAUUGUGAAGCGCAAACAAGCCGCUAUGGCUGUAAAAUCAGAGACCCAUUCUUCAGCCCUUCGGUCGUCUGAGUUGAGAUCCCGACGUGCCAAGCCCAAAGACUCCCAGCCUGUGCAGAUCUCCGACACCUGGGAAGGAUUCACGAUGACAGCGACGGGGAAAGUGACAUACCACGAAAUUCCCUGUGUGCCCGGGUUGUCGCUGAACCCCUCGCUCUUGGUCAAGCGCAUCAACCAGAUCGAACGGUUUGGUCACAAAUCGGUUGUCGUGGGGUUCGGCAACAUAAUCAAGAUUUUGUAUUUGGGAAACAACGACGAGUUGCUCGAAAAGGAUGACUACGAUACGAACAGCCCCAACACCAGGCUCGAAGGGAACAUCCGAGGCUUGUCGUUUGUGAACAAACGGCGCCAAAACGGGUUACACAAUGGCAAGGCCGAGGUUUCCGUGAAUUUUUCCAGGCUGCGGGAAUAA